CUCUGUUAUUGAAGGGCCUGUAAUUGGGUUCCCAGGCCAGAUGCUGGUCGUUCCUUAGUGUGGUUCUCUGUUCACGAGCCCGUCCCGGCGCACUGAGGGCGCGACUGUCACAGCGACUCCGUGCUCGCCGCCAUGCACGACGCAUUCGAACCUGUGCCGAUCCUAGAAAAGCUGCCUCUGCAGAUCGACUGUUUGGCUGCCUGGGAGGAAUGGCUUCUUGUUGGAACCAAACAAGGACACCUUCUUCUCUAUAGGAUUCGGAAGGACGUUGGCUGCAACAGGUUUGAAGUGACACUAGAGAAAUCCAAUAAGAACUUCUCCAAAAAGAUUCAGCAGAUCCAUGUGGUUUCCCAGUUUAAGAUUCUAGUCAGCUUGUUAGAAAAUAAUAUUUAUGUCCAUGAUCUACUAACAUUUCAACAAAUCACUACGGUUUCAAAGGCGAAGGGAGCCUCUCUGUUCACAUGUGACCUCCAGCACUCGGACACUGGGGAGGAGGUGUUACGGAUGUGUGUGGCCGUGAAAAAGAAGCUGCAGCUCUAUUUCUGGAAGGACAGGGAGUUUCAUGAAUUGCAGGGGGAUUUUAGUGUACCAGAUGUGCCCAAGUCCAUGGCAUGGUGUGAAAAUUCUAUCUGUGUGGGUUUCAAGAGAGACUACUACCUGAUAAGGGUGGAUGGAAAGGGGGCUAUCAAAGAGCUCUUUCCAACAGGAAAACAGUUGGAGCCCUUAGUUGCACCGCUGGCAGACAGAAAGGUGGCCGUGGGCCAGGAUGAUCUCACCGUGGUGCUCAACGAGGAGGGGAUCUGCACACAGAAGUGUGCCCUGAACUGGACGGAUAUACCAGUGGCCAUGGAGCACCAGCCUCCCUACAUCAUUGCAGUGUUGCCGAGAUACGUGGAAAUCCGAACACUGGAGCCGAGGCUUCUAGUCCAGAGCAUUGAAUUGCAAAGGCCCCGUUUCAUCACUUCAGGAGGAUCAAACAUUAUCUAUGUGGCCAGCAAUCAUUUUGUUUGGAGACUCAUUCCUGUCCCCAUGGCAACCCAAAUCCAACAGCUGCUCCAGGACAAACAGUUUGAAUUGGCUUUGCAGCUUGCCGAAAUGAAAGAUGAUUCCGACAGUGAAAAGCAACAACAGAUCCAUCAUAUCAAGAACUUGUAUGCCUUCAACCUCUUCUGCCAGAAGCGUUUUGAUGAGUCCAUGCAGGUCUUCGCUAAGCUUGGCACAGAUCCUACCCAUGUGAUGGGCCUCUACCCAGACCUGCUGCCCACAGACUAUAGGAAACAGCUGCAGUAUCCAAACCCCCUGCCUAUGCUCUCCGGGGCUGAAUUGGAGAAGGCUCACUUAGCUCUGAUUGACUACCUGACACAGAAACGCAGCCAGCUGGUGAAGAAGCUGAAUGACUCUGACCACCAGUCCAGCACGUCCCCGCUCAUGGAAGGCACGCCCACCAUCAAGUCCAAGAAGAAGCUGUUGCAAAUCAUCGACACCACCCUGCUCAAAUGCUACCUCCACACGAAUGUGGCCCUCGUGGCCCCACUGCUGCGCCUGGAGAACAAUCACUGCCACAUCGAAGAGAGCGAGCAUGUGCUGAAGAAGGCUCACAAGUACAGCGAGCUGAUAAUCCUGUAUGAGAAGAAGGGGCUCCAUGAGAAAGCUCUGCAGGUGCUGGUGGACCAGUCCAAGAAAGCGAACUCCCCUCUGAAAGGCCAUGAGAGGACAGUGCAGUAUCUGCAGCAUCUGGGCACAGAAAACCUGCAUUUGAUUUUUUCCUACUCAGUGUGGGUGCUGAGAGACUUCCCAGAGGAUGGCCUGAAGAUAUUUACCGAAGACCUCCCAGAGGUGGAGUCUCUGCCCCGAGACCGAGUGCUUGGCUUCUUAGUGGAGAAUUUUAAGGGUCUGGCUAUUCCUUACCUGGAACAUGUCAUCCACGUUUGGGAGGAGACGGGCUCCCGGUUCCACAACUGCCUGAUCCAGCUGUACUGCGAGAAGGUGCAAGGGCUGAUGAAGGCCUAUCUCCUGUCCUUCCCCGCAGGCAAAGCUCCAGUUCCUGCCGGAGAGGAAGAGGGUGAGCUAGGAGAGUAUCGUCGGAAGCUCCUUAUGUUCUUGGAAAUUUCCAGCUACUACGACCCAAGCCGACUCAUCUGCGAUUUUCCUUUUGAUGGCCUCUUAGAAGAGCGCGCUCUCCUGCUGGGACGUAUGGGGAAACAUGAGCAAGCCCUCUUCAUCUACGUCCACAUCCUGAAGGACACAAAGAUGGCCGAGGAGUACUGCCACAAGAAUUAUGACCAGAACAAAGAUGGCAACAAAGAUGUGUAUCUGUCCCUGCUCCGGAUGUACCUGUCGCCCCCCAGUGUUCACUGCCUGGGGCCAAUCAAGCUGGAACUGCUGGAGCCACAAGCCAACCUCCAGGCGGCCCUGCAGGUCCUUGAGCUGCACCACAGCAAACUGGACACCACCAAGGCCCUCAACCUUCUGCCAGCAAACACUCAGAUUAAUGACAUACGCAUCUUUCUGGAAAAAGUCUUAGAGGAAAAUGCACAAAAGAAACGGUUCAACCAGGUGCUCAAGAACCUUCUCCACGCCGAGUUUCUGCGGGUCCAAGAAGAGCGGAUUUUACACCAGCAGGUGAAAUGCAUCAUCACGGAGGAGAAGGUGUGCAUGGUGUGUAAGAAGAAGAUUGGAAACAGUGCAUUUGCGAGAUAUCCCAACGGAGUGGUCGUGCACUACUUCUGUUCCAAAGAGGUGAACCCGGCGGACACCUGAGCCCAGCGUGCCCAGGACUCAGCAGAUGGACAGUUGGCCAUCCCAGUGAGGGAAAAGGACACCGGCCUUAGGAAUCGGGGGCUACAGCCACCAGCAAGGUCUCCGCAUUUGGACACUACUGGCUACCUUGUGUCCUGGAAUGUCUCUGAGUUAAUCUGACUUGUGGUCUGGUGUCACCGGCUUUUUAAUAGAAAAAGAGAUUAGUUAAUACUUUAUAUGCCAUUAUGUUGCAGGCAGUUCCAGAGAAUUUAAUGCCUGCUUGGACUGGAGGAGGUAGCAGUGGGCAGGCCUUGCCUUUGCAUACCAGUCACCUGAGUAAGGGGACCGUGUCGAGCUUCUGUAGCCCCAGAGUGGUUACUCCGUUUUCUAUUAAGACACGUGCAGGACUUCACGGGGAGCCCUGGGCCUGGCUGCCAGAGCCCGUGAGAAGGGAGCAAUUUCAGAGCUCUAGCUGCAAAGGCCAAACGCUGUCCUCUAGGAAACGACAGUGGCUGUCCCGUGGGCCCCAUGCCCCAUGCGCCCCCAGGAGCCUCCCCACUCAUCUCUUUAGUUUUUGGUCUCCUUUCCUCAGUGUUUUCUUCCUGUAUCUCUCCCCUCACUGCUCCACUCAGACUUUCUUCCCCAUUUUUCUGACAUUGGGAGUAACUAAUAUUUAAUCAAGGCAAAGAGAGAAGCAAAAGGAAGUCCCAUCUUCUAGGGGUACAUGGAUAAUUGACUGUUAGGCAUCUUGUAAAUAGGCCCUCCUUGGACCCUUUACUCUCCCUGGAAGCUUAAGAGAGUGUCACUCUGGGCUGAGGAAAGGCUUUGUGCACCUGCCCUCUGGCUGAGUGUGGUAGCAGCUCUGAGGACAAAGCACUGCACUCGGGGUGUGGCCGUCCCCAUCUUCAGGCUGCCGUCUGCAGAGGCCCAGGGCAGGUUGGGUUAGUCCUGCUGGGUGAGCGCUUUGUGCUUGGGGCUCCUUUCUCUUUCCAGCCAGUGCUGUCCACUUACAGCUCAGCCUGGCCACCGUUCCCCAGCUCCGCUUGGCGGGGGCUGCGGGGCCGCACUGGGAUGUCAUAGGCAGGUGGAUCUCUGCUGCACACAGGAACAGCAGAUUGGACAGUGACAGUGACGUGAUGGCGGCACACCUGUGGGAGUGCUGCGGUCCAGGAACAGCAGCGCGUGGGCUUAUAAAAUCUCUCUCCACCAAACCCGCUGAGCACUGACCGGUGUGCGGGGCAGACCUGCCUGCAUCGGGCAGCCUCGAGGCACAGGGGAGUCUGGCACUGCCAGCCGAGGACCGGGGGAGAGAGGCCCUGCAUCCCGUCCUCCCGGGGUUUUGCAGCCUUGCCGUCUUGGUUCCUCAAUGCCUUUAAUGGUAGCAAGGGUGCCCAACACUGACCCCGGUUGGUGGCCUGUCCUUGACAUGCUGUGCCGUUUUUGGCGCGUGCUGUAGACGGACUUGCUGGUGUUGUAGACGGGGCUUCUCCCAGGCACGUGCUCUCUGGAGGGACAGCCAGUGCCGUCAACACUUGUCCUCGGAGGGGGGAUUCUGCUCACGAUUUGGAGGUCCGGCAGCAUCCACAAGGCCCACCGCCCCAACUGGCCACUCCCACCCGCAGGAAGCACUGCUGCCCUUGGCCCCGUGAGCGCCACGAAACCAGGCUUCCUCCUGGAGCCCCGGUGAAAUCGUGGUGCUGUGGAAACUUGCCCGCCUCACAAGCCCCGCCUUCCCGGCCUGUUGUGUUUGUGUCUUCCUGUCCCGCUGCCUGUGCGGUAUGUGUGCUUAGAAUAGAACAAAGGCUGCGUUUCCUGCCCUCGUGGAAUACGUAAACGACCCAGCCUCCCAAUGCCAGUCUUCCUUCCCUAGACUCUGCCUUCGGCGGUGGUGUGGAGGAGGCUGGAGGUGAAAGCCCUGUAAUGAGGACUGAUGAAGGUCUUUCAUAAUAAACAUCAUAAAAUAAGAAA